UUUGUUAUUUCACUUUUAACACUACUGAAAAAAUGAAAUUGCUUUGAUCAAAACCUAGAAGAAAUCACCCAAAAUCAUCAAUUUAAAUUCAACACAAAAUUAACCACCGAUGGCAACUUUACCAAGUUGUAUGUAUUGGACAUUUACAAAUUCUGGUCUGUUAAUACAAGAUUGGUUAUUGAAACCAGUUCGACCAAUUAAUUUAAAUGAAGCAAUUAAUCAGUUGUACUUUACAUCAGUGAUUCAUUCUAAAGAUUAUCAACUGACAAAUUCCAUGGAAGGAGGAUUCAAUGAACACAACACCACAGAUUAUCACAAUAAUCAUAAUCACAAUAAUAAUAAUAGAACACAACAAAUUUUACAAAUUAUCUUUUAUUUCAGUUUACCAUUAUUACCAGCUGCUACAAUUCUAUUCGCUAUUGUCAAUAUCUUCAUUGAAUCAAAACAUUAUACAUGUCCAAAGUAUAGAUUAUUUCCACGUCCUUAUAUACAACGUUUAUCACAAUAUUUAAUUGUAUUCUAUGUAUUAACUGGUAUAAAUGCUUCAUUAAUAUGGUUAGUCACAUUACCACGUUAUAUACCAAUGUCAACGGGACAUUAUACAACAACAUUAUUGAAUGAAAUCAACAUGAAUGCAACACUUUCUACUCAUAUGGAUAUAUCAUCACAGUACUAUAAUCAUACACCGAAAUUUAUUACACAAUUGCCAGCGAUGUUAACUAUGCAAAUUGUGUUACGUUUAACAUUAUGUUGGUUAACUAUUGGUUUAAUGAUUGAUCGUAUACAUAUACUGAGUGAAUUACAUGUGAAUCCAUUUAAAAAAUCAUUUGGAUAUUAUAUUAAUUAUUUAUUUACAAUAGUAAAAGAGAAUUUCAAUGAAAAUCAUUGUUUAAACACUCUAGAUAAUACGAGUAAUAACAAAUUAUUGAACUCCGACAAUAAUACCCAACCGAAUUCAAUGUUUCAAUGCCUAUUGAAAUUUGGCGCCAAAUUAUGUUCAAUACAACAAAAAUGUUCAAUUUGUAAACAAAUCAAUUAUAAUUGGACAGAAGAAUAUGCCUGUUUUAUGUGUGCACCAAAUUAUUUAUAUCCUAAAAAUUUAUGUACUACUACUACUACUACUACUAAUCCAUUGAAGAAUGCCAAACAACAACAAUCAGAUGAAAAUUUCUAUUUGAUGAUGCAACAUGAGAAGGUGAAGAGGAAGACAAAGAAUAAAUUCACAAAUUACACUUCAAUUGGACGAUUAAUUUUAAUGACAAGUGCAUUAAUUACAUGUUCCUUAGCAAUUUGUUUACCACAAGUAUGGUCAUAUCAGCUGAUUGGAAUUAAUUUAAAAAUUAAAUUAUUUAAUAAUAAUAUACAUACUACUACUACUAGUAGUAGUAGUACUAGUACUAGUACUCAACAAAUGACACAUGAAAAACUUUAUCCAGCAUGGCGUCUACUAAAUAAAACUGGUCAAACUCUAUAUGAAUAUUGUUUUGCAGCGAUUAGUUUUGUUAUACCAUGUUGUACAAUGAUUGUAUGUUUGCUGUUAUUAGUAAUACGUUUAUUAAAAAUGAAAUGUGAAUUAAAACAUAUUAUUAUUUGGCAUCAUUUACGAUGGAAUAAAUCUGAUAUGAAAUAUUUUAAAUUAUAUGUAAAUAUUGUGAAAUAUUGCCUGAUGUAUUUACUACAAGACUGUGUAUUGAUUUUAAUUUUGGGUACAAUUCAAUUGUGUUGUUCCAUACCACAUUUAAUGACGAAUUCAAUUAAUCGUUUAGAAUGUUUAUUGAUUAAUAAUUAUUCCGGAAAAACACCAGUCGCAACUUCAUCGACAUCAUCAUCGACAUCGUCAGCGUCAUCGUUGACAUCAUCAGCGGAGCUAUUUUGGCCAACACGUCAAAAUUGGUUAUUGAUUGAAUUAAAUUAUUUAUUUGGGGAUUUUUUAACACAACUGAUUAUUCUGUCGGUACGUUUAUGUGAAACAAAUCAUUUGUUGACAAGAAAUGAAUCAUUUGAAACUGGUGAACAUCAUUGGUUAAAGUUAAUUAGUAUGAAUAAGCAAAAUUAUCAUAUUGUUAAAUGUCAACAUAUGCACAAUGUGAAUGAAAGUCAAAUCAAUGAACAUUUAAUUCAUUGUGAACGAAGCAAUCAACCAGGACACAAUGAUGAAGAUGGAGAUAGUGAUGCUCAUGAUGCUGAUGUUGAUGGUGUAGAUGUUGAUGGUGUCGAUGACAACAGUAAUCAUGAUCCGAACAAUAUGGAUGUUGACAAUGGCGAUAGAAAAAAACUAUACGCCUAUCCAAUAAAAACACCAACUGACAGUGGACAAACAAGUAAAAAUAUCUCACCAUUACCUAUUUCUCAUACAAUCUCUGAUGUGUUAUUAUCACCAAAGUUUCGAUUGAAACAAACUAGUUAUAGAUUGAAUCAACAGCAUAAAACACAUCGUUCUACACCAUCUGCAUUACCGUCGCCAUUGUUACAACGUAUACCGGAAAUGAUAAAUUAUGAUCCUUUGAAUUCUCAUCAACAACAUCCUCAACCGCAUCAACAGUGUAACAGUAACCUAAUGAAAUAUUCCAUCAAUUCAUAUGUAGAACCAAAAACAAGCAUGGCUAGUUUAACAUAUUCACCAAGAUCACGUCAUCCAUGUCGAUUACAACAUAAAAAGUUACCAGUAACUGGUAAUAAUACAAGUCUACAUUUGUCUAAUCUACCCAUAUCAAUCCAAUCGACAUCAAAAUUAAUGACAACACCAACUAUGCAAUCGAUUCGUACUGAACGAAAUUCACAACUAAGGAAUAAUAAUUCACCGCCUCCAUUACCUCCACCACCGAAACAUUUAGUCUACAUGCUUGGCGGUGAUUCAUCCAUUUAUUCUACACCACAUGGAUCACCACAACAAGAACAUACACGUCAAUUGAUGAUAUUUAAUAAUAGUAACAAUAAUACUACUGUCAAUAAUAUAAGUAAUAUUUCAGUAGAUUAUUACUCACCAGAUUUAUUACAUAUAAGUAAUAAUAUGUCAAAACAUGGUAGUCCAACCAAUGGAAGUUUUCGACAAACUGAUUCCGGUGUUACUAAUAUGGGUGGUUCAUUGAUUGACAGUGAACAUUAUGAACCAAAUACAAUGAUAAUGUAA